AUGGAUUCUUCAAACUCAAAAAAACAUGAUCGGUACCGAAAGCGGCACCGCACCGAUGUACUAGCAACACAAUCACUGGACCUCACACCAGAACCAUGGUUUGCAAAGGUCCUGAUCAUCCAUGGAGAAAACGGGUCUAAGCCACUGAGCAAAGUAUCACCAUUUGUGAUCGCGAAGGAACUGGAAAAAGCCAUAGGGAAGUCCUACUUCGCGAAAAAGUUGACUACAGGAGGCUUGCAGAUCGAUGUCCAGACACGACAGCAAAGCUCGACUCUGCUUUCCCUGAACAGAAUUGCUGACGUACCUGUUACAGUUUCGAGGCAUCGUACGCUGAACAUAGUGAAGGGCGUGAUAUCUGAGCAUGAACUUCUUGAUUGUUCAGAUGCUGAAAUCGAAGAAGGUCUAAAGGAUGAAGGUGUUGUGACAGCGCGGCGAAUAACUAUGCGUCGAGACGGUAAGGAGAUUUCCACUAAACACAUUGUCCUUUCAUUUCAAUUACAUAAGCUUCCCACUACCAUUAAAGCAGGGUACAUCAACUGUCACGUCCGGCCAUAUAUCCCAACUCCGCGGAGGGGCUUUAAGUGCCAACGUUUUGGCCACGGCUCGCAGGUCUGUCGUGGACAGGCCACCUGCCCGAAAUGCGCAGGCACUGAUCACGCUGCAGAGACCUGUGAGAAGGAUGUCAGAUGUGCAAACUGUAAAGGUAAUCAUCCUGUCUACUCUCGCUCCUGUCCACGGUGGAAGGAAGAGAAAGACAUACUGAAGGUCAAAGUGACACAUAAUCUUUCGUACAGAGAUGCAAAAGCGCAGGUUGAGUUUUCAAAAAAGGGAACCUUCUCCGAAGUGGUGCGCAGGGGAGUAGCACCACUGAGGAAAUCUGUAGAGACCCAGACUUCUGGGUCUCUACCCAAUACUCCCCAACAAAAGGGAAAGGACACAGAGGUGUCUCUUCCUGUUUCUGGAUCUCCUCCGGAGACAGCCACAACUUCUACUGAAGUUGAUGGCGCUGCCUCCAUCUGGGAUGGGGCCACACCAGGCCAAUCCCAGGCCACAUUGCAAGACAUGGACAUGGACGACGACGACUGCUUAUCGCAGAAGUCGUCGUCUAGUAUCCCAGGUGUACUCUCUCAGGGGAAAGAAAAGAGAGAGAGGACAUCUAGCCGAGGUAGGGGCAGCAGACCAGAAAGUACACCUGAAAUACCUGUUUCAGGCAUUGACUACUUUUUUCAUCUCAAUCCCCCUUUUCUAUCGAGCGACUCGUGCCUAACGUGUCCGAUGGCUAGGAUACUUGGGUUUCUCCCAGGCGGCCGAGGUCUGAUUCCCGGCAUCGGAAUUUCAGUUCUAAUGGUCAGCACUCUGGGACUCUGA